CUGCAUGCCGCUAACCCCAAAUAGCUUUGAUGGAUGGUGGGCAUAAAUAUUGUUCUCUGACAUUUACAAGUGUUUUUCCUAUGGUAUACUGACUGUAUUGCUUUUGGCACUUGUAAAUACUGCCCUAAAGCACAGACUUUUUGCUCGUAAAGACGUUUGUUAAAAAUGGGCUGAAGGUAUCUAAUCACAAGAGUGAAGUUCAUGAUAAAACCACAAAGAAUAUCAUUCAGGUUAAGAGACUAGCUACAUCAAAUUACAUUCAACCCUCUGCCAAUGAAGAUCAAUUGUCUUCCUCAAAGGCCAUUGAUAAUAGUGUGGGUCUUUAUUAAAGACACCCUUCUUUCUCCAGCCUCUUCUCUUCCCUCCCCUCAUUUGCUUUUGACAACAUAUGAGUGAGAGGAGUGGACUAGCUGGUUCUGACUGAGAGAUACUCUACACUGUCCUAAGUUUCUUUAAGUGUGUCCUCUGAGGAACAUUUAACAUUUCACUUGGCGUCUUGAUUUAUGCCUUAUAAAGACGCCGUUUAAUUAGAAUAACCGACAUUGGGAUUUUCGUCAUUGUCUCGUUGUUUGAAGUGUGGAUGAAGGCCGAUUUAUGGAACAUGCUAUCUCUGAAUACUCAGUUAAGGAUCUCCCAUUCUAAUAUGGAUCCCCUGAUGUCCUGGAUACAGUAGUUCAUCUAAAACACUCGUUGCAUUGGCCUCCUUAUUUCAUCGGAAGGUUACUCAUUUUGAGACUCUUGCUCUCCAGGACAAAUGGAUAUACCUGGUUCUACUUCCCUCUUCUCUUCCCCUUCACCUUCAUACACCUUUCCUUUUUUCACUAACCUUUCCUUUCCCUCAUCAUCACCCUCUCUCUCCCCAUCCCCAAGUGUAGCUUCCACUGCUCUCUUCUGCUUUUUCCUAUCCCUCCUUUCUCUGUUGGGUAUUCUGGGCAACUUGUACACCCUAGUACUUCUCCUUCGCCGCCGCAGAAUGUCAAGAAGGCGGCAUACUGCUCCUAUGUGUUGUUACAGUCUGUCCUGCCUCGGUUCUUCCUCCCCUUCUUUCUCUCCCUCUUUUUCUCCAUCUUCCUCUCCCACAUCUUCCUCCUCCUCUUCCUCUCUUCACCUGCAGGUUCUGAGUCUGGCUUUAGCAGAUUUGGUGUACCUGUCCACUGCCCCUUUCAUUGUGUAUGACAGUCUGGCAUCUGACUGGGCAUUUGGCGAACUUGGCUGUCGACUCCUACUCAGUCUGGACUUGUUAACAAUGCACGCAAGCAUCUUUACCCUCACCGCUAUGAGUCUGGAUCGGUAUCGAGCUGUGGCCGAUCCAUUGGCAACCACAUCCACACCAUCCUCUGGACUUUUAAGAGUCGCUUUGGCCUGGGGCUUUGCCAUCGCUCUCAGUUUGCCCAUGAUGAUUACUUUGCACCUUGAAGAUGGAGAGAACCAUGAAGGAAAGUUGUGUGUUCCUGCCUGGGAUGAGCAGAGUUCGAAAGCCUACCUCAGUAUCCUCUUCUGCACCAGUAUCCUAGGCCCAGGACUGGCAAUUGGAGCUUUGUAUGCAGCUUUGGGGAGACUGUACUGGGUAUCUCAAACUCAACCAGCUUGGGCUGGAGGGGGUAACGCCUACCCACCCCGUGCACCUCGCCCAAAAGUUCUGCUCCUUAUCCUGGGUAUUGUGCUGACAUUCUGGGCUUGUUUCCUUCCAUUUUGGAUCUGGCAGCUUCUACCGUUGUACCAGCCUGAGGUUCUUCGUGUGGUGCCGGUUGGGACACAGGUGACCAUAAAUCGCAUCCUCACAGGAUUGACUUAUGGAAACUCAUGUGUGAAUCCGUUCUUCUACACACUCCUGACAGGCAAGCGCAGAAGGACCAGCAGAAAGACAAUAAGCGCAGCUGCGCCACUUUGCCAAAAGGGCAGCUCUGAGCAAUAAUUAGAGUUGCCCACUUUUUUGUUUUGUCCACCAAAUUGUACAGCCUAUAAAACUUUCACGCAGCCACCAUUUUAUAAGCAAAAUCAAGGCUGAGGUGGGAAGAAACUAGGAAGUGUCACCUGAGUCACACAGGAACAUUGUGUACCUGGCUGUAUAUCUUAUCAGCAAUGAGAAUGUUACACAAAUUUAUAAUUUCACCACCUCCCGAGUGACCUGAAUGUCCGUUCUAAAUGGUUAGUAAAAAUAAAAAGGGAUAGCUGACCACAUUAUCAGCUCAUUUAAGGAAAAUAGCACUAGUUAGCUAACAUUUUCUUUCCCAAACAAACGUUUUAGAUACCAUUUAUCAAACUCAAGUUAAUGAACUGAUUCUUUUACUCUAUUAAACCUGUCACAAUACUGAAUUUCAGUACUGAAAUUAAUUCCCGCUAACAUUUAAGCACUGUUGAGUGCGUUCCUAAACACCGCGGGUUUGCCAUAUUCUCAAGUGCUCAACAGAAAUGAUUGUUAUUGGCCAUGAAGGUCAUCAGUUUACUGCACUUCACCACUGUUUACCGAGUGCAAACACAGACAAGCAAUCAGCUGAUCUUCGCUGCUUUAAAAUGAUCCAGUGUCUGUGUAUUUGUGUUUGCAUUCAGUGAAGAGUGGUGAACUGAUGAACUUCACGGCCAAUCACAGUCAUUUCUGUUAAGGACUGGUGAAUAUUAUGGCAAAUCCACAAUGUUUAAGAACGCACUCAGCGGCACUUAAAUGUUAGGGUCACAGUGUUCACCCGGUGCCUUGAGCUGAAGCCUAGGAGAACACUUAAGUUUAUUACUCUUAAAGAGAUUGUAAUUUUGUUUGAUGUCUAACAUGCUUUUAAUUGUUAAAAUUAAACUUAACUGAAUGCUAUUAAAGUGAUGUUUAUACCAUAUCUGCAUUUUGAAAUCAUCACAGCAUGUUGUUGCAAUGCUUACAGUGCUGAUCCUAUAUUUCAGUGUUUCUUCUCACCGCAGCCUCGCUUUCAUGUUUUAAAAAUGGCGGCCGAGUGAAUGAGCGUAUGACCAUGUCUGUGCAUAGUUAUUUUACUUAACAGAUUACUCAUUUUGGUGCUAAAGGGCUUAAGGAUUAUAGCUUUUUAAAUGUGCUGUGCAAAUAUAGCAAUACUCUCUAAUGCAGGCCAUUGAUGGUGUGUGUGUGUUAUGCUAC